AUGAGUACAAGGGGACAGUCAGGUAGGCGGAUCGAGAUCUACGGCAGAGAGUUUGCCUAUGGAGGACACCCAUAUCCAUUUUCAGGGAUAUUUGAGAUAACGCCAGGGGAUGCCACAGAACUCGGGGAGACAUUCAAAUUCAAAGAGGCCAUUGUUCUGGGCAGCACAGACUUCACAGAGGAGGAUGUGGAGCGCAUUGUGGAGGAGCUGGGGAAGGAGUACAAGGGGAAUGCCUACCACCUCAUGCACAAGAACUGUAACCACUUCUCCUCAGCCCUGUCGGAGAUCCUGUGUGGCAGGGAGAUCCCGCGCUGGGUGAACCGGCUGGCCUACUUCAGCUCCUGUGUGCCCUUCCUGCAGAGCUGCCUGCCCAAAGAGUGGCUGACCCCGGCCGCCCUGCAGUCCAGCGUCAGCCAGGAGCUCCAGGGGGAACUGGAGGAGGCAGAGGACGCCUCCGCCUCUCUGGCCUCCAUGAGCUCCAUGCCUUCCCCCUCCCUCUCCUCUCCUUCCCCCUCCAGGCUGCCCAGGGUUCCCCGACAUCAGCCCCGCCGAUAGGACUAGUCCCAGGGUUCACCAUUGCCUUCAGUGACAGGCUCUGGCAGGGCCCCUCCACAUGGACAGGCUUACUGUACUGUACACCACUCUGCCAAUAGACACUAACCCCAAACCCAACCCACCCCCCUACCUACCACCCCUGCCUACUGCGCUCCUGAUGAGACUUGCCAUCCACCAGCGGCAUUGAAGCCCCGCCUACACUGACUUGACUGGCAGACUUGGGGUAAUGGCUACAGGCUCGGAGUACUGUUGUUUUACACGUAAAAAACAACAUUCAGUUCAUGUUUUGUGUAAUUUCUUCAUUUUCUUGGCCUUUAUUUUAUAUACUCAGGACUCUAAAAAAAUAUUUUCUAUGUUUAGCUUCUUUUGCUUUUCUAACGCUUUAGUCAUCACUCUAUAUAGCAUUUUCUAAAAUGCAUUUUUAAUCCUCUUUUGUUUACAACCUGUUUGUGUGUGUAUGUUUAUGAGUGUGUGUUUUACAAUUACCGAGAAGCUACCACCUGGGCCAAACACCUCCACACUUUUCUUACGACACACACAGCUGAUGUCUACCCCCGUGGCAGCUGUGCCUGGAGAUUUUUACUGUACCUGCUCGUUGAGCUCUGCACUGUUUCUCUAUAGUUUACCUGUUUCUCUCUUUGUAAAGCAGCGGACUCCUUAACCUAGAAUAACUAACUUACUUCAGAUGUUUUACACCGUUUUUAGAGUCUUCUGUGUAACUGAAAAUAUUUGUAUCUCGUUUUAAAGUUAUUAAAGAAAAAUAUAUGACAUA